AGGGCUGCGACUCGCCCAACAUCUGCCUUCUCCUGUCCGCUUCAGUAAAGGGUGCCAGCAGUCGUGGGGGUGCUUUAUUCUGUUGCCACGCGGGCCUAGCUUACUUCAUGGUUAUAUAUAACGACGGUGCGUCUCACCCACUAUCCCGUGCGGCCCACGACGGCUUCGCUCGGCCGCGGUGGGCCGGGUGACGUCAGGGCCACGCACCGAUGAUUGACAGGAUAAGCGGCCCGGGGGCGCGCAGACGCAGUAGCUCCGGGAGCGCUUCCGGGACGGCGCCGUGGGACUUUUCUGGCGCGAGCGGGGACGGCGGCCGAGAGGGCGCAGCCUGGGCUCCGCGUCCUGGGUCCCAGCGGCGCCAUGCGCUUCAACGAGAAGGAGCUGCAGGCGCUGUCCCGGCAGCCGGCCGAGCUGGCGGCCGAGCUGGGCAUGCGGGGCCCCAAGAAGGGCAGCGUGGUGAAGCGGCGGCUGGUGAAGCUGGUGGUCAAUUUCCUUUUCUACUUCCGGACGGAUGAGGCCGAGCCCGUCGGAGCCCUGCUGCUGGAGCACUGCAGAGUCGCCCAGGAAGAGCCCAGCGGCUUCUCCAUCAGCUUCAUCGGGGACCCUGAGCGGAAGUACCACUUUGAGUGCGGCAGCGAGGAGCAGUGUCAGGAGUGGAUAGCGGCCCUGCGCCGAGCCAGCUACGAGUUCAUGCGGAGGAGCCUCAUCUUCUACAGGAACGAGAUCCAGAAAAUGACCGGCAAGGACCCCCUGGAGCAGUUCGGCAUAUCCGAGGAGGCCAGGUUCCAGCUGAGCGGCCUGCAGGCAUGAGUCCGGGCUCAGGCUCUUUGGCUUUCCUGCUGAGGCUGGGGCACGCCCUCCUCACCUCGCUGGGCCCUGGGUUUCCUGGCCACACCUGGAUUUGCGGCGGGAGGCGUUUAGGCUUAAAGACUUCAAAAUCUCGAGGCUGGUGGGGGUGGGCAGCAAGUCCCCCUCCCCAUGCCUCGGGACCCACUGGACUGGCCCAGUACCUCUCGGUGCCACAUGCUGCUGCCGGGGACGAGCGUCCACUCCCAGGAGCUGCGCCUGGCCCCUCGGGCACGUCCAUCCAGGGCCUGGCGGGCGCCUGGGGCUGGCACAGCUCUCCUGCCCUGUGCAGGCUGAAUGUACAAAGCUAGACGAUGCUGUGAAGGGCAGGGGGCCCGUGCCUCCUGGGCCACUGUGAAUUCUCCACCUGCUGACGGGGCAGACCCUGGCCGGACGCCUCGAGCUGGCGUGCUCGUUCUGUUUGAAUAAAGGUACCUCUUUUCACAUGGG